CUUGGCUACCACACACACACACUCUCUCUCUCAGUCCUCUCCGAAGGAUCCUCAUCCAUGGCCGCCAACACGGACUCUCCGCACUUGGAUCGAGCACAAGAUACAAGGUACAUGCUACUUAUGUACACUUAUGUUCCGAAUACAUCUGGUAUAUGUGCUACGCGGCCUAGAAGCCAAGAUCGAAACAGACUUUCCGCAAAUAAACUCCGACCGUCGACGGAAAGGAAAAACAGAAUAAGAAAUAUAAACUAUAUACAAUGAUUCUUCCAAGUGCUCGUGAACAGCGUGCAAACUUUCGAUGCCCAUUGAAGAGCUGAAGAUCUCUAGCUGAACAGCAUGGCCGAGGGAAAGCAACCAAAACCCGAAGAAAAAGAAACAACGAAAAAGGGAAAGAAAAAAAAAAUAAAUUAAUAAAUAAAAUUAAAUCUCAAUUAAAACCCAAACCCCAAAG